AUGGCUUCAUCUCCGCCGAGCCAAGUUAUCACGCCUCUGAGUAAGCCGCCUGCAACAGAUUCAACACAGAAAAGCGUCUUCCUCGCCGGAACCACCAGCAAAGGCGACUGGCGCAAGGGCCUGACCGAGUCUAUAUCUCACCUGCCCGUGACCAUCUUCAACCCAUUCCGGCCCGACUGGGACAGCACCUGGAGGGAGGAUAUAUCCGACACCAAGUUCAGGGAGCAGACGCAAUGGGAAUUGGAGAUGCAGGAACGAGCCGACAUCAUCAUUGUCUACUUCGAAGCCGGGACGGAAGCUCACAUCAGCUUACUCGAGCUGGGUCUCUGCGCUCGGUCAGGGAAGGUCAUCGUUGCGUGCCCUGAGGGCUACAAGAAGAGGGGAAACGUUCAGGUGGUGUGCUCCAGGUUUGGCAUUCCGUUGUUGGAGAGCUAUGAAGCUCUGCGUGACGAGUUGAUUCGUCGCUUGGAAAACUAG